AUGGCUGUUCGCGACUCGACGGUGACUGGGACUGAAAUUAUCGUCGUCGGGAGAGGCUGGGUCGCACACAGUACGCCGGCGAAGGGCUCGCGAGGGCUUGUUCACGGCGUGCGUCGCCGGCAGGUCUCGGCAGCGGUUGAUGCCGGCGAUAAGGGACUCGAUUCGCGAACAGAGAAAGAGGGUGACGAAGGGUCGUUGCCGGCGAUUGAUAGGCGGAUGUCGGCGGUCUCGGUUGGCGUGCUGUUCGAACGGGACACAGGUCUCUCACCGCUGGUCUCGACCUUCGAUUGCUUGCUCGUUGGGGUUGUCGCCGGUAAAACACUGGCCGAAAAGAAUGGAGGCGAGGUGAAUUCUGCCCGGCUGCGGCUAUUGAUGGCCGCUCACUGUACACCGGUCGAGAAGGGCUAUGAUCACACCAUUCGGUUCUGGGAAGCAAAGAGCGGCCGCUGCUAUCGGACUAUCCAAUACCCUGAAUCUCAAGUAAACCGACUCGAACUUACCCCAGACAAGCGUUACCUAGCUGCAGCUGGAAAUCCUCACAUUCGGCUUUUUGAUGUCAAUUCAAACAACCCUCAGCCAGUGAUGAGCUAUGAUUCACACACCAAUAAUGUAAUGGCUGUUGGAUUUCAGUGUGAUGGGAAUUGGAUGUAUUCAGGUUCCGAAGACGGUACUGUAAAGAUUUGGGAUCUGAGGGCACCGGGUUGCCAGAGGGAAUAUGAAAGUCGUGCAGCAGUCAACACUGUUGUUUUGCAUUCAAAUCAGACUGAACUGAUAUCCGGGGACCAAAACGGUAACAUACGUGUCUGGGAUUUGACAGCCAACUCUUGUAGUUGUGAGUUGGUCCCAGAGGUGGACACAGCCGUACGUUCGUUGACUGUCAUGUGGGAUGGGAGUUUAGUAGUCGCGGCAAAUAAUCGUGGGACAUGUUAUGUUUGGCGUUUGUUGCCUGGGACCCAAACUAUGACCAACUUCGAGCCAUUUCAUAAACUCGAGGCACACGAUGGCUACAUCCUUAAAUGUCUUUUCUCCCCAGAGCUCAGUGAACCUAACCGGUACCUUGCAACUGCAUCGUCAGACCAUACCGUCAAAAUAUGGAAUGUUGAUGGUUUUACUUUAGAGAAAACUCUAGUGGGGCAUCAGCGCUGGGUGAGGGACUGUGUUUUCUCCGUAGAUGGCGCUUUUAUGAUCACAGCUUCUUCUGACUCGACUGCAAGAUUAUGGUCGAUAGCAGACGGAGAGGAAAUAAAAGUUUACAGAGGACAUCAGAAAGCAACGGUGUGUUGUGCUCUAAAUGAUGGCACCGAAAUUUCGUGCUGA